AUGGAGGUGCAGCCCGAGAAAGAUAAGGAGGGCGAGAGCACUGCUCACAUCGACAUCGUUGAUGACCGGCCGUCGCCUCGCAUUGAUGGCGAGCCGAGCCCGUCGCUGAGAGACAGCAAGGGCUGGGAUGGCAAGCUGCGCAUGCCCAAGUCCGCGCUCAUGAGCAACCCCGAGGCCUUGUCAGAUCCGGAGUACUCAGAUGACAGCAAUGUGCUGCAAGGCGAGGAGAUUCGAGCAGACGAGAAUCUGCUCGAUAGCGAGGAUUCCGAAGCGGAAGAAAUCAUGUGCUCCCACUCGCGCGUCUCGUCACUUUCCGCCCUGCGGCUGGAGCGGUUCAAGAACGUGGCUCGCAUCUGUCUCCGGCAGAACCUCAUCCAAGAUAUCGAAAGCCUCGAUAGCCUCGCCGGCACGCUGGAGGAGCUCGAUCUAUACGACAACCUCAUUUCACAUAUCCGAGGCCUAGACAACCUGACGAAGCUCACAAGCCUCGACCUCAGCUUCAACAAGAUCAAGCACAUCAAGCACAUUAACCAUCUGAAGAACCUGAAGGAGAUAUUCUUGGUCGCUAAUAAGAUCAGCAAGAUCGAGGGACUGGAAGGCCUUGACAAGCUCAAGUCACUGGAGCUCGGCUCAAACCGCAUCCGAGAGAUUCAGAACCUUGACAGCCUCAAGAACCUGGAGGAGCUGUGGUUGGCGAAGAACAAGAUUACGGAGCUGACGGGGCUCGGCGGGCUGCCCAAGUUGCGCCUUCUGAGUAUCCAAUCCAACCGUAUCCGAGACUUGUCCCCUCUCAAGGAGGUUCCUCAACUGGAAGAACUCUACAUUGCUCACAACGCCCUCGAGUCUUUGGAAGGCAUUGAGAACAAUACCAGCCUCAAGAUUCUGGAGAUAUCCAACAAUCAGAUCAGCAGCCUCAAGGGUGUCGGUCCCCUCAAGGACCUCGAGGAGUUGUGGGCCAGUUACAACCAACUUAGUGACUUUGCCGAGGUGGAGAAGGAGCUCAAGGACAAAGAAGAGUUGACAACGGUGUAUUUCGAGGGAAACCCUCUUCAGCUUCGCGGCCCUGCUUUGUACAGGAACAAGGUUCGGCUGGCACUGCCACAGGUCAAGCAGAUUGAUGCUACAUUUGUGAGAGUAUAG